UCUGAUUCCAGAUCGAGCCUAGCCAAAGGAGUUAAAGAAGCUAGCGCUGGUUGGGGUAUAGCUCCUCCUGCAGCUAUAAUGUAUAGGAUGAAGUACGAUUGCGAUGCUGAAUCCUAUGCACAACAGAUUGUGAGCACAUGUAAAAAGACACCAACACCAGCCUAUGCUCUCGGAGGACAUAAGCAAAACCUACAUGUACUAAAUACGGUACAGACAACACCAGAAGGAGCUAUACAAAACGCUAUGGUUACGUGGUGGAGCGAACUGGCCAAAUACGGCUUCAGAUCUAACAUGCUUUUCUUUCCAAGUGAACACGAUCGUGGAGCUCGAAGUGUCUUGAAUUGGUCUAAGGUUGAUUUCCUCUAA